AUGAAAUUUAUUGUGAGGUGUGAUAAAGAAUUUAAUACUGUUUUAUUAUACUUGCAAAUAAAUGCUCAAUUGCAUAUGGUUCUAUAUCGGUCAGGUGUUGAUCAUGUGAUAGAGAGCAAAGACUUACCGAGUAACAGCGUCUCAUCAUCUAAGGCUGUGACGAGGGAAUCCGUGCAGCAUGUAUUUGUGUUGUCCAUGGAUAUCCGCACGGAGGCGCAGUCGGGCGAGUGCGGUAGAUGUUCCGCCGACUGCGCCGCGACUCGCCCGUUCGCCAGUCGGAGCGAAGCCGUUCGCCCUCCCGUGCCUGUCGCCGCGCCGCCUCCACCAUCCUCGCAUCUGGAUAAGAAAAAGGAAGACUAA